CGAGUUGUCGCUGCACAUCCUGCUACCAUCGUUCGUGCCGGUGCCGGCCGUGUCUGUCUGAUCGGCUCGCAGUCACUCACCACUGAAGGCACGGCGUUCUCUGACGCUGAAGUGGAAGCAAUCAGAUCACGCACUGGCUGGCUGCACGUAUCAGCUAGCCUUUUUCCAACAGGUUACGGUGCCAGCCGACUGCCAUUAUAACCCUGCUAGUCCUCUCUGUUCUGCAGCCCGUGUUCCAGUCACCAUUGCACUUGCACCAGUCUCGGUCUCACUCUCAAGUUGCUUCGCGCCUCCAGCCACCAGUCAUUUCUUCGUCGCCUGCGGAGCCAAAAAAGAAAUUCUGGAUAAGAACCGCGAGGCUGAAAUAUCAAGAACGUAGGGUGAGGCUGGAGACAGGCGCAUUCUCGAUCACCCCGACGCACAGUGGGAAGAUCUACUGAGCUGCUGAAACCAUGGAGAUGGAGGCCGUGGAAUCCAACACCUUGCCCGGCGCCGCCGGUCGCCGGACAUCCAAGAGGGAUCGCCGGGUUUUCUUGGCCUGCGUCUUCAUCCUCGCGAAUAACUGCUUCCAGUACACCGCCUUCUUCGCGGUGUCGACGAACCUGGUGAACUACCUCAAGGACCAGCUGCACGUGGGCAGCAAGGCCGCCGCCAACGGCGUCACCAACUGGCUCGGCACCAGCUCCAUCACGCCGCUCGUCGCCGCCUUCCUCGCCGACGCCUUCCUCGGCCGAUACUGGACCAUCGCGCUCUUCCUGCUCAUCUCCGUCGUGGCCUACGUGGUGCUCACGGUGAGCGCGGCGGCGGCGCUGGAGAGCGCGGCGUUCUACGCGGGGCUGUACCUGCUGGCGCUGGGCGGCGCGCUGCAGCCGGUGCUCAUAUCGUUCGGGGCGGACCAGUUCGACGAGGCCGACGAGGCGGAGCGCGGCCGGCAGAGCUCCUUCUUCAACUGGUUCUACCUGUCCAUCAACGUGGGCUCGCUGAUCGGCGGCACCGUGCUGGUGUGGGUGCAGUCCAGCGUCAGCUGGGGGCUCGGGUACGGCAUCCCGGCGCUGCUCAGCGUGGUCACCGUCGCGGUGUUCCUCGCCGGCACCGCCGCGUACCAGCGCCACCAGCCUCCGGGCGGCAGCCCGCUCACCAGGGUCGCGCAGGUGGUCGUCGCCGCGGCCAGGAAGUGCCGCGUGGAGGCGCCGGAGGACGCGUCGGAGCUGCACGAGUGCGAGGCCGACGACGGCAUGUCGGCGAUACAGGGGAGCCGCCGGCUCGCGCACACCGACCAGUUCAGGUUCCUGGACAAGGCGGCGGUGGAGACAGCGGCGGACAAGGCGCGGCCGAGCCCGUGGCGGCUGUGCACGGUGACGCAGGUGGAGGAGCUCAAGUGCGUGCUCCGCCUGCUGCCGGUGUGGGCAAGCGGCAUCAUCUUCGCGGCGGCCUACACGCAGAUGACCACCACCUUCAUCCUCCAGGGCGACACGCUGGACCCCUACGUCGGCGGCUUCCGCGUGCCGGCCGCCGUGCUCUCCGUCUUCGACACCCUCAGCGUCAUGCUCUGGGUGCCCCUCUACGACCGCGUCAUCGUCCCGCUCGCGCGCCGCGCCACGGGCCGCGACCGCGGGUUCUCGCAGCUGGCGCGCAUGGGCGUCGGCCUCAUCGUGCUCACCGCCGCGAUGCUCGCCGCGGGGACGCUCGAGGUGCAGCGCCGCCGCGUCGUCGCGCGGCACGGCAUGUACGACACCAACACGGGCGCGGACGGGAGGUACCUGCCCAUGUCCAUCUUCUGGCAGGUGCCGCAGUACGUGGUGGUGGGCGCGUCGGAGGUGUUCACGUUCAUCGGCCAGAUGGAGUUCUUCUACGACCAGGCGCCCGACGCGAUGCGCAGCCUCUGCUCGGGCCUCUCCAUGACGUCGUUCGCGCUGGGGAACUACGUGAGCUCGGCGCUCGUGACGGUGGUGGCGCGCGCGACGGCGCGGGGCGGGCGGGACGGGUGGAUCCCCGACGACAUCAACCGGGGGCACCUCGACAACUUCUUCUGGCUGCUCGCCAUGCUCUGCAUCGGCAACUUCGGCGUCUACCUGCUCAUCGCGAGGUGGUACACCUACAAGAAGACCGUGGAUUAGAGAUCGCCGCCAAUGAAUCUUACGAUGUAUGUCCGCAUGGAUUAUUAUGGAAUAAAGUCUAUUUCAAAAGGUAUUUAGGGUCCA